AUGAACGACUGUGGCCGGUGCCACCGUGCCAUUGGCGAGGAGACGGCCGUGUAUGCAAAUAAGCAGCUCUUCCACCCCACCCAUCUCCAAUGCACUCGCUGCUCCUACCGUAUCGAGCCGGACACCAAGUAUUUCGUCUACGGCGGGCAGAUCAUUUGUCGUCGCUGCUAUCUGCAGCAUAGUGCUCCGAAGUGUUACGGUUGCACCCAGGGCAUUGACGGCGAGCUGGUGACGGCGAUCGGCCAGACGUGGCAUCCGGCGUGCUUCAAAUGUGUUGGAUGUACGGAGGUGUUGAGCGACGAGUGGCUCCUCGACACGACCGGCCCGAUGCAUCGCCAUUGUUAUUGGGGGCAGAUCAAUGAUUGUCAGAUGACCAAUGCCGGACCGCUG